UCCAACAGAGUCUUCCAUAUUCCUUUCAUCGUUCUCCCAAGGAUGAGGGACUCUUCCUUCUCCUCGUCGUUCUCGAAACUCCAAAUCCUCACUGUACUGGCUUUAGCAGCGACGACGCUGUCGUUGUUCUUCCAUGUCGUCGUAUUAAUGUCGCCUCUGCUUCUGUCAGGUGUGAGGAGGAGCUCCUUUAUCCUCUUCGACAAUGAAAACUCCACGACGCUGAUCACUGCACUGCAUCGCAAGCUUCUUCUUCAUCAUGAUGGUGAGAGACCAGCAGGAAUGAAGGAAACGAACCGGAUGUGGGGGGAAAGGUGUAGCAAGGAGGACAUAGAAGUGAGCCAAGGCCCCACAGCCCCACUCCCAAGUGGCAUUCCCACCUACACCGUAGAGAUCAUGAAUGUCUGCUUCACAGGCUGCGACAUUUCCGGCAUUCAUUUGAGCUGUGGAUGGUUCAGCUCUGCCCAUCUCAUCAACCCUAACAUCUUCAAGAGGCUUGGCUACGACGAUUGCCUUGUUAAUGACGGCAAGCCCUUGCUCUAUGGCUCUAUCCUCUCUUUCCAGUAUGCCAAUACCUACCCCUACCCACUUUCCGUCUCCACGGUUGUCUGCGUUUAACUCACGUACAUGCAACUAUAUAUAGUUUUUGAGUUUUUUUUUUUUCUCUCAUAA